GAUUGGAGGCGACGUUUUACCGGAGAGACCGGCGGGCAGGAAAAUUCUUUGGUUAACGGGAGCGCGCCACUGCCCCCCCCCCACCUCCCACCCGAGACAUCAAGAGUCAGAGGAGUGCGCGUCCCCGGAGGAGGAAGAAACGCGCCGUCUCAGUCCGAUUGACUGCGCGCCCCCGAUUAGCGGGGCGCGUUCCCGUGUCGGAAUAAGACGCUGCAGACGUUUUCGCGCGCUCUCGAGGGGUCGGCGCGCGAUCCCGAUAACAUUACCCACCUGGAAUGUAAGCGCGCGCGCACGCACUCCCUGCGCGGCGCGGCGUCCCCGAGUGUCCGAGCGCGCUCCUUGUUUUAGUGCCCGCGCGCGCUCGAGGGUCUAGUGCGCGUUCCUGUGACAUACAUUGCGCGCGCCCCCGCCCAGGCCCGGGGAUCAUGGGCUCCUCCAAGAAGCACCGGGAGCGGGAGCGCGGCGCCGAGGACUCGGGCCGACACAAGAAGCACAAACACAAGGAUCGGAAGCAGCGGGCGGCGAGCCGGGAGCGGGAGGGGCGCCGGCACCGGGACAGGGAGCGCCGGGCGGCUCCGGGGGACAGUCAGCCCGAGCGGCGCAUCAAGAAGGAGAAGACCGAGGAGACAGCUCCUGGGACGAAAUCGGCUGCUGCGAAUGCCUCUCUGAGCAUCGAAGAGACGAACAAGCUGAGGGCCAAACUCGGGUUGAAGCCACUGGAGGUACAUGAAUCCAAAAAGACCGAGGUCGGGACGAAAGAGGACCCGGUUCUUGUCCCGGCGAUUAACCCCCUCGCUGCAAAGCAGCAAGAAGACAUCCGGGUGAAGCUUGCCGCUCUGAAGGAAAAGCGCCUCCUGAACCAGAAGCUAGGGAAAGUAAAAUCUCUGGGAGACGACGAUGCCUGGCUUGACAAUGCCAUGGCCUGGGUGGAGAAGAGCAGGAAACUGCAGAGAGAGAAGGAGAUGGCUGAGAAGAGGGCGAAGCUCCUCGAGGAAAUGGACGAAGAGUUUGGCAUCAGCAAUAUUAUCGAGGAGGAAUUGCAAACCCAGAGACAGUCUGCUUACACGUCCCAGGACCUGCAGGGGCUGACUGUCCAGCACAGCAUUGAGGCUUUCAAGGAGGGAGAGGCGGUCGUGCUGACCCUGAAGGACAAAGGGGUCCUGGACGAGGAGGAUGAUGUCCUCGUCAACGUCAACAUCCUGGAUAAGGAGCGAGCCGACAAGAACGUGGAGCAGAAGAAAAAGAAACCCGACUACAAGCCCUACGAGGAGGAAGAGAGCGUGGACGACAUGGUGGUGUUCAAAGCUAAGUCAAUCCUAUCCAAGUACGACGAGGAGAUCGAUGGGGAGAAGAAAAAGUCCUUCAAGCUGGAGUCAGGCGGGACUGCUGACGGCUCGUGGGAGAGGGAGCUGCAGCAGAUCCGAGAGACCCUCCGCAAUCAGGCACAGACCCUGGACAUGCCGCAGAUGAAGGUGGCAUCAGAGUUCUACACCGAGGAGGAGAUGGUCACAUUUAAGAAAACAAAGCGGAGGGUGAAGAAAAUCCGGAAGAAGGAAACGACACUGAAAGCCGAAGACCUCCUUGCCCACGGACACGAAAGCACCAUCACAGACUACGGGUCCAGGGAUCGUGGCCGGGGCUGGAAGUUCAACAGCGAAGCAGAGGCAGAAGGCAACACAGAACAAGCAGAGGCUGCCGAUCCAGAGGUACAACCCGCGUCAGAUGACAUGCGUGUGGAAAGCAUGGACAUCAGUGAUGAUGAAGCCAGAGCUCCUGACUCCCCGGUGGCCAUUGAGGAAGAUGAGGCCGAGAUGGAGCUCCAGAAACAACUGGAGAAACAGCGGCGGCUCAGACAUUUGCACAAACAGGCUUCUGACAAGGUUGUCGAUAUUGCGAAGAAACUGAAGUCUGAACGUAAGGAUGAGGACGCAGAUGAGUUGGAGAGAAAGGGGCUGAUCGUCUUCAACGCCACGUCGGAAUUCUGCCGGACGCUCGGAGAAAUCCCAACCUACGGGCUGGCUGGUAACCGGGAAGAGCAGGAGGAGCUGCUGGAUUUUGAGGUGGAGAACAAGGAAUUAUCAGAUGAUGAGAUGGAGAUGGACCGGGAUGAGACGGUGGGCUGGAGCACAGUGAACCUGGACGAGGAGAAGAAGCAACCGGAGUUCUUGGCCACGUCCACCACCAUCCUGGAUGAAGAACCCAUUGUGAACUGCGGGCUGGCAGCUGCGUUGCAUCUCUGCAGGAACAAAGGUCUCCUCGACACGACGAUGCAGAAAGUAGCCCGAGUCCGGUCAUCAGUCAAGACUCUCCCAUCAACAGUUUAUGCUAUUGAGGACAAGAUGUUGAUAGAUGACAAAUACAGUCGGAGAGAGGAGUACCGCGGCUUCACACAGGAGUUUAAGGAGAAGGAGGCGUACAGGCCAGACGUGAAGAUCGAUUACGUGGAUGAAUCAGGAAGAAGACUAACUCCGAAAGAGGCCUUCAGGCAACUGUCUCAUCGUUUCCAUGGAAAAGGAUCUGGGAAAAUGAAGACUGAAAAACGCAUGAAAAAGCUGGAAGAGGAACACCUGCUGAGGAAGAUGAGCUCCAGUGAUACGCCCCUGGGAACUGUGGCUCUCCUGCAGGAGAAGCAGAAAGCGCAGAAAACGCCGUACAUUGUCCUCAGCGGGAGCGGCAAGAGCAUGAACGUAAACACGAUAACCAAAUGAAACUUACUGACCCAAGGACUGACACUGGUACGGAGAGGAUUGAGAGACAUUGCAGUUGUGGGGGGGGGGGGUGGCAAUUGGUUGCUGGACAGAUGUUGCCGUUUUAUUUACAAUCUCGUGCUUUCCUUCUGUAUAUUAAUAAAAUGACACUUUUUUUUUUCCUUUUUCCUAA